AUGGCCGUCGCACUCGUGGAAGUCAUGUCCAGAUUCCCCUCGUGGGUACCCGGGUCAUCCAUGGUAGUCAACGCCCUAGUAUCGAUGCUUUCCUUCAGUACAGCGUCGGUCCUCGGCUACGAUGCGUCGAUGAUGAAUGCAUUCAAUAUUCUGCCCUCGUACACCGAGUACUUCUCCUUGACGGCGGCCACGAUUGGACUAAACUCCGGCAUCGUCUGGAUCGGCGCCUGCGUCGGCAGUCUGGCCCCGAUCAAGCUGCCUGACCAUAUCGGCCGCAAACCCGCGCUGUUCUACUCGGCCAUGGUAUCCAUGAUUGGGAGUGCUCUGCAGACCGGCUCGCAAGACAUUGCCAUGUUCCUCGUUGCCAGGUUCAUCCUAGGCGUCGGUGUCGGCGGCACGUACGUUGCUGAGCCGAUUCUCAUCACCGAGACGCUGCCGACCAAGUACCGUGCCUUGGGGCUGGGUGCCUUUACUGACGUCUACUAUGUCGGCGGUCUGAUGUCCUCCGGUAUCACAUACGGAACGGCCAAGAUUUCAUCGACCUGGGCCUGGCGCGUACCGUCUCUGCUGCAGCUCGUCUUCACCAUCGUCUCGGUGGCGACGCUGCCGUGGAUCCCCGAGUCACCUCGCUACCUAGCGCACCGAGCCAGGCUGGACGAGGCGCUGAAGGCCAUCGCCCAGGCGUGCUCGGAUGGCGACCUGUCGGAUACCGAGUCGCAGGCGCAGCUGCUCCAGAUGACGCAGUCGCUCAAGUUUGAGCUGAACAUUGAGGAACCGUCGGUCUGGGAGAUUGCGCGGAACCCGGCGCUGCGGAAGCCCAUCAUCAUCGUCUUCACCGUGGCCGUCGUCACCAUGAUGGCCGGGUCCAACAUCUUCUCGUACUACCUGGGUACGUCUCUGACCAACGCAGGAAUCACCGACCCGACGACGCAGCUCGAGAUCAGCAUCAUCCUGAACGCUUUCUGCCUCGUCGUCUCCGUCGUCGGCACCUUUCUGGCCGACAGCCUGGGCCGCAAGCAGCUGGCCCUCAUCUCGACGGCCGGCUGCACGGUCUUUCUGUUCAUCAUCGGAGCCCUGGCCAGGUACUACGGCACAUCGACUAACGAGACGGCCAUCUACGCCAGCAUCGCCAUGAUGUUCCUCGCCCAGGGCUUCUACUCGUUCGGCUGGACCCCACUGGCCACCAUGUAUCCCCCCGAGGUCCUCAACUACCAGAUCCGCAGCGUAGGCAUGAGCUGGUUCGUCACCUGGCAGAACCUCGUCCUCCUCGUCCCCAUCUUUGCCUACCCCGUCGCCGUCGAGAGCAUCGGAUGGAUCAUCUACAUGAUCAACGGCGCCUUCGACUUCCUCGCCCUGUUCGCCAUCGCCUUCUACUGGGUCGAGACCAGAAACCUGUCCCUCGAGGCUGCCAAGCUGUUUGAUCCCCGCGUCGAGGCAGAGAUCAUAGACAUCGAGGCUACCGUCCAGAAGAUCGAGCCCGGGUCCGUGAAUAUCAUCGACGAAACUGUCCGUGAAACUAAAGCUGCUGCUGGUGACGCUUAUGGAAGUCCUUGA